GUGUGACAUUUGUAAACUUUAACCAGAAUGUGUAAAUUAAUCAUGCUCCGAGGAUUAUAAUAAUUUAAUGGCGGAGUUGCAUUUGUUGGGUGAUAUACAAGGUGUAACAAAUUUUGAAGAUUCAUCUUCAUUGUUUUGUAGAUUUUCGUUUCAAGCAGGUCCGAACUGGACGUUCAUUGCCGGAUGCUCAGAGGGACAAACCACAUCGGGGAAGCCGAAUCAUGACAAUUAUGUUUUUUGGUCUCAUCCUAUCGACAUACACUACGUAACGAAAGGAAUCUCAGGUUGGCCAAAAAUUAAUUUCCAAGUGAGUUGUUUGGAUUCGUUAGGACGUUCUUGGAUAGUUGGAUACGGUUGUUGUAGUAUACCGACUGCACCAGGGAAUUAUGCUGUAAAGGUGCCUUGCUGGGCCCCUGCGCCUACCACCAUCACGGAUAGAAUUAGACAAUACUUUCUCGGAGGAUCACAUCAAAUCACACAAACUGAUGUCAUUAGCUUAGGUGUUGAUAGAUAUAAGUUAACUACUCAAUCAAAAGGCAAUAUAGAAUUAAAUAUAGACGUUAUAUUUAGGAAUUUCACUCAAUUCGGUGUAGAAUAUAAGUAG